CAAAUCAAGCGCAUGCUAGGAUUUCAACCCCACGAUUUCCGCCCCAUGAUUUCCACCCCACGGGGAAAUGCGUCAAAGUUGGACUUUGGGCGGAUGAGUCGCGGACCUAGUGCACCUUCGAGUUCGUUCAAGGGUUCGAAGGCUCCUAGUCGUUGCUGUUGACAUUAAUAUAUAUAAAGGUCCUGUUGAUCCUUGGUGUAGAUGGAAUUUUCCACUAGAAUCAACAUCUCCUACUUUUCCUUGCUUACAAACGAAGUCUCUCUUUGGCUCUCUCUACCUCUUUCUUAGUCGGACAGGACGACUCUAGCAUGUCGACCAUGAAGGAUGACUUCGUUAGUCACGGCACCCAUGUCGAGCUCACCACGUCCCUUAGCCAGAAAAGGGCAGACGAUGAGGCAUUCAAAGCCCGUGCCCGUGACGGCAACGAGAUUGAACAUGCCUUGAGCCCCCUCGAGGCCAUCAAGGCCUAUCCCAUGGCUAUCUUCUGGUGUCUUAUGGUGUCAAUGUGCGUUGUUAUGGAAGGCUACGACACGAUUCUGAUUGCCAACUUCUUCGCGUAUCCAACCUUUGCCAAAAAGUAUGGCCAGAGCGUCGAUGCAAAUGGCCAUUGGCAAUUAAGCGCCUCUUGGCAAGCAGCGGUCGGCAGAGGCAGUGGUAUUGGCGCCUUCUUUGGUGUGCUCCUUAAUGGUAUCAUCGUCAAUAAAUUCGGGCAAAAGAGGGCUGUUAUCGGCGCUCUCAUCUCCCUCUCCUGCACGCUCUUCAUCGUGUUCUUUGCUCCUGAUAUCAAGAUUCUCCUCGUCGGUCAGAUCCUCUGUGGUCUUCCUUGGGGAGUCUUCGCUAGUUCCGCCCCAGCCUACGCUUCUGAGGUCCUUCCACUGUCCCUCCGGGUCUACAUGACGUCUUACACCAACAUGUGCUUCAUCAUGGGUCAGCUUAUUGCUGCUGGCGUUUUGGCUGGAUUGGUUAACAGGACCGACGAAUGGGGAUAUCGUAUUCCAUUUGCGCUUCAAUGGAUGUGGCCGGUAGUGCUGAUCCCAAUACUUUGCUUCGCCCCCGAAUCUCCAUGGCAUCUGGUCCGGCAAAAUCGACUUGAAGAGGCGGAAGCCUCCCUACGCCGGUUGCAACGUGCCUCUGCCCCUAUCGACCCCCAGAAAACGCUCGCUGUCAUUAUGCACACCAAUGCUCUUGAAGAGGAGCUUUCAAAAGGAACUAGGUAUCAGGACUGCUACAAGGGUAACGAGCUCCGCCGCACCGAAAUUGCCUGCAUGACUUUCAUGGGCCAAGUACUCGCUGGUGCGCCCUUUGCAUACACCUCGACCUACUUCUUCCAGCAAGUUGGCAUGCCGACGGACAUGAUCUACAAUAUGAAUGUGGGAGCUACGUGUAUGGCUUUCGUCGGAACCCUGGUCUCGUGGUUUGGGAUCAUGCCAUACUUUGGACGUCGCAAGAUUUACAUGUCUGGUGCAUUCACCAUGUCCGCCAUUCUCUUCAUCAUCGGAUUCUUAGGAACAAAGGGAAACGUUAUGGCUGUGGGCUAUACGCAAUCCGCGCUCUGUCUCGUGUGGACCUUCAUCUUUCAGCUCUCAAUCGGUCAACUGGGCUGGGCUAUACCAGCCGAAGUCGGCUCUACGCGCCUGCGCCAGAAGACCAUAUGCCUUGCUCGCAAUGCAUACUACAUUGCUGAUGUCGUUGGUGGCGUGCUGCAGCCGUAUUUCAUGAACCCCACCGAGUGGAAUCUCAAGGGUUACACGGGUUUCAUCUGGGGAUCAACCUGCUUUAUUCUCGCCAUGUGGACUUAUUUCCGCCUUCCUGAGACUAAAGGCCGCACUUUCGACGAAUUGGACGUUCUCUUCGGGAAAAGGAUCAGCGCAAGGAAGUUUGCUUCGUAUAAGGUCGACUCAUUUCACCAUAGCAUUAUGCUGGUACUUCCCAGUGGCGAAAAGGUGGCUGCGUAGGCUAAGGUGAGAUUUGUACCUAUAGUCUAGUGUAAAUUAAGCCAUUAUAAGAUUAAAUUCAAAGCUUAAGAGC